AUGAAGUUUACGGUGUUGGUUUUAUUUCUUGUUGCUGUUGUAAGCGGUAAUGAAGAAGACUUUAGAAUAAUUGACUCAAUAAUACAAGAGCAAUCUUGUAUUGCGGUAGGCGGUAUUUGUACAGUAGCUGCAGACUGUCCUAAGGGACAUCUAGCUGAGAGACAAGGACUUUGUCCGACGCAACGCAAACAAGGCAUCGACUGUUGCCACGGAGUUUCAAUGAAGGAAACUCGUUGUCUUAAACAUGGAGGAGUUUGUACGAAACCAGAAGAAUAUUGCAAUCCCAGUCUUGUUUUUGAUGGAGCUACUGACUGCGAAGGAAACUUGAAGUGCUGCAUAAUGACUAUUUAG